GAGAGGAGGAGAGGAGGAAGAGGAGGAGGAGGAGGAUAUAAGCGGAGCGGCAGUCGGGGCGCAGCGUUCCUCCCUCUGUGACCAUCAAACACUUGUGAAACCACUAAGAGCGCACAAGACCUCCGGCUUUGGGACAUCUGAACUUUCUCCUCACGGGACCACUUUGUUUCUCCGGGACUUUUGAGCGGACCGGAUCGGAGGUUUGCAGGUGGGGGGGGCACUCAAAUGCAAAAGUGCAUGUAUGACAGAGCCAUGGCUCACGAGACGAGGAACGGAGCGAGCGUAAACAACAACAACAACAGCAGCAGCAGCAGCAGCAGGAGGAAGCUGCUCGUGGCGCUGGAUGUCUUCUGCCUGCUGCUCGCUAGCCUGCCUUUCCUCGUCAUUGAGUCUAGCCUCAUAGAGCCGUACCAGCGCGGCUUUUACUGUUCGGACGAGUCCAUCCGCUUCCCCCGAAAAGAGGGAGACACCAUUAGCGACGCCGUGCUAUGUGGUGUCGGCAUUCUUAUUGCCAUCUUCUCUAUUGUGAUUGGAGAAUGCUUCCGGAUUCACCAGCUACGUGAGGGAACCAAGUCCUUCGUGGGGAAUCCUUACGUGGCCGCCCUCUACAAGCAGAUGGGCGUGUUCCUCUUCGGGUGCGCCGUCAGCCAGUCGUUCACCGACAUCGCCAAGGUGUCGGUGGGCCGCCUGAGGCCUCACUUCAUCGACGUGUGUCGGCCCGACUUCUCCGCCAUCAACUGUUCGCUGGGAUACAUCACCAACUACACCUGCGGCGGCGAGGACAGCAACGUCCAGGAGGCCAGGAAAUCCUUCUUCUCAGGACACGCCUCUUUUUCAAUGUACACCAUGCUCUACCUGGCUUUGUACCUCCAGUCCAGGUUCUCAUGGCGUGGCGCCCGUCUCCUUCGCCCGCUGCUCCAGUUCACCCUGUUGAUGAUGGCCUUCUACACCGGCCUGUCACGCGUCUCCGACCACAAACACCACCCGACGGACGUGCUGGCGGGCUUCGUGCAGGGCGCCAUCGUGGCCUGCUGCAUAGUGUUCUACGUUUCGGACCUGUUUAAGCCCCGGAUGAAGCCGGCUACGCCCCCGCCCCCCCCCAUCAAGAAGGAGCUGCUCCCUUCGUCCGACAUCAUCGAGAGGAACAACCACCACAACAUGGUGUGAGCGGGCGAGCGAGAGAGAGAGGCCGCUUCUUCCUGUGAGCCGAGGAGCCAAUCGCAGCGCUGCUCGCCUCUCAUUGGACAGUAGAAUGUAGCGGCGACAGGCUCCUCCCCUGGUUUUAUAUUCUUUUUUAUUUUAUCCUCCUCUCGGACUCCAGACUUAUUAUUCACUAUAAUUUACGCUAACUACUAAUCAACAUUUGAGCCAUCGUUUACGAGCACAAACGGAAGAGCAAACUGACGAGGAGGUUCGAUGGAGGUGAAGAAGAAGACAAACCCUUCCUGAGGGGAGGGGGCGCUUCCUCUGCUGGGGGGUCGUGGAACGCUGUCGCACUACUUCCUGCCGUGAGAAGGACGCACCACAACACAACGUAGGACCUACAGCACCGUUCUUAUCACCACUCGCCGCCCGAGACGUCUCACGCAGAGAAGACUUGACGCCGCCGCCACGACACACUCGAGUUAGCGUAGCGAUAGCAACGGGCCGCUGUGGGGGCUACAUGCUAGCUGCUACUGGUGAUGUCGCAGCGGCCUCCUCUGAAGGUCGUUUCCUGGCCAAUCAGAUCACGUCAGGUUGGUCUUUCUGUCGUUGACUCUUGAGCGGCACAAACCCGGGACGGUGCAUUUCGUGGGGGUUAGAUGUAUUAA